CGUACGAAAAAUGAAAGAGGUUUAAAGUCAAAGAAACAGGAAAGAAAACGUUAAAGCUCGAGAAUGUUAACGCAACAACGGAGAAUGGUGAGAACCAAAAUGAACGUGGCGUCCAUAACAGUCUACACAAACGGCAAUAAACACGAUGCAAAACGUUUCAUCGUUAAUCCAAAGUACAUGCGCACUUUCAACGCGUUCCUCGAUCAGGUCACCAUGGCAACAAAAGCAACAUGUGCUGUACGACGAAUCUACACGCCACACGGUUCACGGCAAGUUGGCGCCAUUUCGAACUUAGAACCGGGGGGGACAUACGUAGCUGUGUCUACGGGGAACUUCAAGAAAAUAGCCUAUGGUCAAAAAAUUAACAGGGGACAGUCAAUGACUGAGACGACAACCACGAAAACGUCAAGGAAACAAAAUAUCAAUAUCACAAGCCGCUUACGGCUAUCACGUGAAAAACAAAUGAAAACGCAAAAAAACAUAUACGUUCACAGAAACGGUUAUAAUGAACGGCCAAUCCAAAUAUUUUUCCACGAAAGGCUUCUAAGAAGUUUAGAUCAAGUUCUAGACGUCAUCCAAGAUAAGAUAACCUGCAAUAGGGCUGUAGCUCGCCUGUAUACAGUGAAUGGGGAGAUCAUUGAAGACGUGAAGGACCUUCAGCCUGAGGAAAGAUACGUAGCUGUAGAACAAGGUCAACGAUUUCGUCAUUGCUCGUACAAUUCGUCGAGUGAAAACGAGAAUGUCUUACAUCAGACAAAUAAGUUGCCAUCCAUUAAACCACAAAAACCUAAUCACACCAGUAAAGACAACAGUGAAGAUAAGAAUCUAAAGUUUAAACGGAAAAUCCCAUUGCCUGUUAUAAAUCCAAAGAAAGAAAACGGUUUUGAUGUUGUUUACGGCUAUGCCAAGAAGCAGCCCAGAAAUCUAAUAAACAGAAACACAGAAAUGCACUCAUAUAAAGGUGGACCAUUGGAAGCGUGCAGGGAAAAACCGUUGGGCAUCGUACAUGCGCAUGAAGAAGAAAUCGAUGUCGUGAAUCACUAUGGAAACCAACAACAGGAGGAAGUUUUAGAUGGAAACGUGACAAAAAUGACAACACGACGAAGAAAAGAAAUGGAUCAUUCAUCAAGACAGACGACCAUGAAUAAAGAAAACGUUACUCUGCAUUCAAUUAACUAUGCUUCAAGAUCUGAGACAGAAAACAAAAUUUCAAUAAAUAGCAACCAAAGAAUUGCACAUCUAAAGAGGAUUGUGUCAAAGAAGCAUGCACUGAUUGACGAUAGAAUCAUGCAUAGAAACAUCACGAAAGACCAGAGAUUCGCCUGGCACGAGAACAAUAUUGCUUCAACAAAACAUUAUGCAGAGACACGUGAACAAAACGUGUUUGGCAUGCACGGUCGUGUUGGACGUGAACUAACUAGAGGUGCAGUUAAGCCAAACGAGAUGGCACUGAAAGUUAAAGGCACAAGACGAGAACAUGGAGAACACGAAAGAAGAAAACGUAUCGAGGAUUGGGUCGACCACACUGUUAAGGUGAAAAAAAAAGAAGACGAGAUUUCUAAGGUUGCCGAGCAACUCGUGAUGACAAUAAUUAAUAAUGCCAGAAAAAUUCUCGAAAUCGGAAAUGAUAAUUCAAAUGAUGCAAAUAAGAUCAGAACGUCGCACAAACAGCAUUACAAGACUAGCAAACAGUUGGCAACAGAGUACAGUCGUGUAUUUGGAUUAAAGGAGUAGUGUUUCUUAUCAUCAUGCUGAACGAUGUCUUCCUCAUCUUGCCACAAAAGUUCUUAUGUCAGAGAGCGUCGCUUGCAACAUAAAUAUGGGAACUAAAUCAUUAAGUGGAACCAUUAAAGUAAAAUACAUGGAAUGCUACCUAAAGCACAGAAUAAGAAAUGAACAGAAGGCCAACUUCGUGUCGGAGCCUUUGAAGUCAGUGUCCUCACGCAUGUCUCAUUGCGCAUGUUCGAAAUUCGACGGCCGCCAUGGAGGUUUACUUUUGAAAUCUGCGUUCUAAUUAUCAAAACAUCAAAAUACAAUGUAAAUACUGCCAUUUUGCCUUUAAAAGCGCGAUUUUCUUACACAAAUAUUCCAUUGUACUGUAUAAUUUAUAGUAGCAAGCAACUGCAGUACUUGCCAGAGUAACGGCGGAUCUGACGUAAGCGCAUAAAAAAUCUAGGACACAUUGCACCCCUGAGUUGGCCUUCUGUUCAUUUCCUAUUCUGUGGCCGAAGCAAAUAAUUGAAGCCAAAUCUUACAACCAGACACGCAAGAUUACACUCAGACACGCGUGUGUAGUGUUUCGGGAUUAUCUCGCGGAAUGUAAAUUGUUUGACUACAAUACGCGUGUCUUGGGUGUAAAAUUUGGCUUCAAAAAAGUAGCAGGCUUUUCUCUUACAGGUAGCGUUCCAUAUAUUUUAGUUCAGUGGGUUGAACAGACAAUAUUUAUGAUGUACUAAGGAUGUAAUGGCAUGUUCAAGGAUGUGCUUGUAUGAGCGUUACAAGGAUAUUCAUGAAGUACAUACAUGUACUGCCAUAUGUUGGGUGCGUAUAAUGGCAUGUGCUAAGAUGUACUGCCAUGUACUAGGAUGUAUUGGCAUGUACUAAGCUACUAGCAAUCACGUACGUAGCCAGCCUAGGUUGUUGUCAUGCUAAGCAAAUAUUUCUGUGUUCUCAUGAAAUGGGAAACACAUUUUUAACGAUAUUUUUAAGGAAAGAACCAGCAUAGAGAAAAUUUGCUAAGAUAAAUUUUUGAUGCACGAGCAAGGUAUAAUACACAUGCGCAAACAAAAACACGUGUUAAUUCGUAUGAAGUGAAUGAUACUUAGCAGAAAUAACUUGUAUUUUUAUCUUGUUUUGCACAUAAAGUAGUGUAAAUAAUUAAUUAAUAAAAAACACACAUCAA